UUCGGCGGACAAGCCUUUCCAGCCAAUCAUCUGUUGAAAGGGAGAAGCGUUUGGACGAGGCUGGCUUCCCAUUGGAGGGGGGGGAAUAUACGUCUUCAUUUCCCCAUAGGGCAGAGUCCUCUUUUCGUUGUUUGUGUAAGACGAAGUUGAUUCGGCAUUCAUGUAAUAGGAAGAAUGUCCAGCACCCAAGUAGCUGUGGUGACCGGAUCCAACAAAGGCAUUGGGUUUGCCAUUGUACGGGCUUUGUGUAAGCAGUUCUCCGGGGACGUAUAUCUGACAUCCCGGGACAUCGAACGAGGCAAGGAUGCAGUGGCAAAGCUGCAGGAUGAAGGGCUGAAGCCACUUUUCCACCAGCUGGACAUCAAUGACCUGCAAAGUAUUCAAAUCCUCCGUGAUUUCCUGAAGGAGAAAUAUGGAGGACUUAAUGUGCUGGUCAACAACGCAGGAAUUGCUUUCAAAGUUGCAGAUACAACUCCAUUUGCUAUACAAGCAGAAGUCACACUGAGAACAAACUUUUUGGCAACCAGGGAUGUUUGUAGAGAGCUACUACCGCUGUUAAAGCCUAAUGGCAGAGUCGUGAAUGUAUCUAGCAUGAAUGGUGCUUCAGCAUUAUCCAGAUGCAGCCAAGACCUGCAGCAGAAGUUUCGCAGUGACACAAUCACUGAAGAGGAGCUAGUAAAGCUCAUGGAUAAAUUUGUGCAAGACGCCAAGAAGGGGAUACAUGAGAAGGAGGGCUGGCCAAAUACUGCUUAUGGGGUGUCCAAACUAGGAGUGACAGUUCUGUCCAGAAUUCAAGCAAGGCGACUGAAUGAGACAAGGAAAGGUGAUGGCAUUCUCCUGAAUGCCUGUUGCCCUGGGUGGGUCAGGACUGACAUGGCAGGUCCUAAAGCCCCCAAAACUCCAGAUGAGGGAGCAGAGACUCCAGUGUAUUUAGCCCUUUUACCCGCUGGUGCUGAUGGGCCUCAUGGCCAGUAUGUUAGUGAGAAAAAAGUACAGAAAUGGUAACACAGUAAUGAUAUUUCUGGGUAUACAGAAUGAAAAUGAUACAGAAUAAUGAAACAAUGAUACUUCUGGAUAUACACACUGGAGAUUCUGGGCCUGUGGCUUGCUGUAGCAGUUUAAAUUCAGAAACUGGCUUCUGUGCACAGAAAUGGUAUUUUGCUAAAAUGUAAUUUAAGAAUGCUGAACAGUGGAGGGAAGUGACAUGUAGUGAUGAGAGCAUGCAGAACUUGCCUGUGUUGUCUGUUAGAUCCUUGUGCAGUACCUCAUGGCAGACUUUUGUUGUUCUUGCAGUUUCCAGAUGUGGACAACUAUCUCCUUUUAUACUAACUUUAAUUUGAAUGUGUAAAAUGAUUAGCUCUUGAAGACAUAAAACAUGUAUGUGUACAAUAUUGUUUUCUAUAAUGCAUUAAUUAAAUAAUUCUAGACUUUACAUACAAUAUGGUUGCAUGAAAUUGGUAAAAUAAAAAUGAUCAUUUAACAAA